AUAAAAUGAUAUGCAAACAAAACAACACUCACACACCACAUAAAUAAACACAACACAAUAUACAACUCAAAUUAUCCUUUCUUAAGUCAUAUAGCAACUUUCCGAUGGCUAUUGGAGCAACUACGAAGAUUCUUGUAAUUGGAGGAACUGGUUACGUGGGAAAGUUCAUCGUUGAAGCUAGCAUUAAAGCUGGUUACCCUACUUUUGCUCUCAUACGAGCCUCAACUCUUUCUAAUCCACACAAGUCAUCAAUCAUCCAGUAUUUCAAUGCAUUGGGUGUCAACAUAGUUUUGGGUGAUAUAUACGACCAUCAGAGUUUGGUUAAGGUGAUAAAGCAAGUGGACAUCGUAAUCUCAUCAGUGAAUCAUGAGCACAUAUCUGAUCAAUAUAAGAUCCUUGCUGCUAUUAAAGAGGUCGGAAAUAUUAAGAGGUUCUUUCCAUCUGAAUUUGGAAAUGAUGUGGACCGAAAUCAUGGAGUGAAUGAAGGAAAGCUUGUAUUUGAUACUAAGGCCAAAUUUCGUAGAGCCAUUGAGGAUGAAGGAAUUCCCCAUACAUAUGUGGUUGCAAACUUUCUCACUCGACAUUUCCUACCAACUAAAUCACAACUUAAUGACACAACUUUUCCAUUAGACACAGUUAUUAUCCUUGGGGAUGGAAAUACUAAAGCUAUUUUUAAUACAGAAGAGAGUGUUGCAGCUUUCACUAUUAGAACCAUUGAUGAUCCAAGAACCUUGAACAAAAUUCUCUAUCUUAGACCUUCCACAAACACAUUGUCAUACAAUGACCUAGUAUCUCUUUGGGAGAAGAAGACAAAUAAUAAUCUUAAAAGAAUCUAUAUUCCAGAGAAGCAAGUACUAAAGAUGAUUCAAGAAUCACCUUAUCCUGUAAAUAUGGGACUUGCAAUUUGUCUGGCUGCAUAUGUGAAUGGAGAUCACACUAACUAUGAAAUUGAUCCCUCAACUGGAGUAGAAGCUUCAGAACUUUAUCCUGAUGUCAAAUAUAUCACUUUGGAUCAGUACUUUGAGGAAAAUCAUGAUCGCACCCCAUUUUACUUAAAUUGGUUAUUAUCACUUAACAAAGAACAGCAUUUCAAUUAGUAAUGUGAGAGUAUGUUGUUUAAUUAAGGAGCUACAAAUCAAUUUCUUUGUUAUGAGAGUUGUAAAAAAAAAAACUAUUAUACGGUACCAUCAAUAAAUAGUAUAAGAUAGAAAAAAUUGUAUCUUGUCUUGAGUUGUAAAAUUUCAUUGUCCAAGUAAUAAAUCAUUGAGACACGUGUCUUCUCAAUAUA